AUGAGCGUACUUGAUUAUUACUCGGAAGAUGUUGUGGCGGCUGAAGAGCCUGAAAUUUUAGAGGCUUCAAAUCCAGUGUACGUCGAUGACUCCUCGUACUCUUGUGAAACAAUUCAUCCAUGUGUCUCAUCAGGUAUUGCUUAUAUCCCUAGUCAAGAAAACCUGUCACAACUUGAAAGUCAAUUACAAUCCAGACAGGUAAAGCAUUCCGAUGGUGGUGAACCAGACACCUUUGAUGACUCGAAUUCAGCUCUGGAUGAAUUUUUGAACAAAGUACGAGAACGCGUAGUUUCGUCAAAACUUGAACGUGAAUUAGAAGAGUGGAAUUUGAUCAUUGGAGCCCUGAAGGAUAAAAGUGGCUUACUUCGCAAUGCAUAUUUAUCGAAGCAUACUGAGCUACACCAUGAUGAACCUGAAAUCAGUUUCACUGUUGAUUCAGAAACCGUUUCGAAAAUUCUUUUAUUAUUGGAAAAAGUUGAAAAGCUGGAAAACUUGACAGGAGCUGAAAGCAGCCCUAUAGAAAGUGGUAGCAUUCAAUUGCAGCUCAAUGUUCUGACUCAAAAAAUUCAAGCUUUGCAGACUUACAUGUCCCGACAAAGCAAAAAAGUGCCUACCAAAGUAGCAAUUACCGAUAGCUUGUUCUCGAUUGAAAGAGAAAGCUCUUUGCUUAAAAAGAUCGAUUACCUGUAUGAAAGAUAUGCAUCAUUGCGCAUAUAUAACUUGGAGAAAGUCAAUACUAAAUUGAGAUCCAUUGGCUUAAUGGCAAAUUCUAUUGCUCCUUCAAGCGACUUUCUCAACAAUGCAGACAGCGAAUUUAAUGCGAUGCAACGUCAAAUCACAGAUUGGGAAAACAAGAUUUCUGUUAUUGAGGCACGCAUGGCUGAAAACCGUAAAAUGAUGGGGGAAAACCAAUCUCAAGUGGAAAUUUGGAUCAAGAAACUAGAAGAAAAGCUAAAGAGCUAA